AUGAAGGAGGCUAUCACCAUGUUUAAUUCUUUGAAACAUAUGAUGACUUGCCUGUGGGCUGUAGCCAAGAAACAACAAGAGAAAGGUGAGCAGAUUUAUUUAACAAGUGCAAAACCUAAUGCACCUAGAAGGAAAAGAGUUUAUGUAGACAUAGAGCUCAUUCAAAGCUUAGAACUACACAAACGUUCGACAAUACGCAGGUUGGUAGUGAGAAUUAAUCGCAGCAAAAGCACAGUUUGGCGGUGGGUGAAUCAAGGGCUGAUCAGAGUCCACACAAGCGCAAUUAAGCUUGAUUUGACAUCUCCUAAUAAAUUGCUUCGACUACAAUUUUCACUAGAAGCAUUGGAGUUUGAUCGAAUCAUGAUGGCUUUUAAGUUCAAGGCUAUGAACAACACAUUGCACAUUGACGAGAAAUGGUUCUACAUAACAAAGGCUGCGCACAGGACACAUUUUUCAGACAAUGGUGAAGUACUUUUUGAUGGGAAGAUAGGUAUCUUCCCAUUCACACAGCAUGUACCAGCUCAAAGAAACAGUAAAAACAGACCUUCGGGGACUUUAGAGACGAAACCAAUUCAGUCCGUCACUAAAGAAGUCAUCAAAGAUUGUUUGAUUAACAAGGACAGUGACCCUGAGUUUAGGGUUGCUGCCACUGAGGAUGGAUUUGACAUACGAAUAGUUCAUCGACCCCCAAAUUCACCUGACACAAAUGUGAAUGACUUGGGAUGGUUUCGAGCUACAAUGUUGACCAAUUGGCUUCGCGGGGUGAUUCGUACUUGGAACAAAGAAGUCUUUGGCAAUGUGGACACUAACAUUGGGAAGAUGCAGGCUCGUUUAUCUGAGGUUCAGAAUCAGAUAUUGGAGGUCGGAUUUACGGAUCAGUUGUUUGAUGAGGAAGUCUCCAUUCAGGCAGAUUUGAAUGUCACUCUUUCGCAUAAAAACAGCCUGUUAUAG